AUGGACGAGGUCAAUAUCUCCUUGGCUGCAGCUAAUUCUCGCCGUACCAGGGAAGACAGGGACCAAUUUGAGGAAGCUAAUACCAAGAUUGUGACUCACUUGGAAACAAAGGAAGAUGAACUAUCAAAAUCCAUUGCUUCAUGUAAGGUCGAGGCAGAUGUUCUACAUACAUGGAUUAAUUUUUUGGAAGAUACUUGGGUACUCAAGUGCUCAUAUGCAGAGACCAAGGAGAAGCAGGUCAAUGAUGAAUUGGAGAAACAUGAGCACUAUUUUGUGAACUUCGCCAUUGAUCUUCUCUCUGCCUACAAGAAAGAGUUGGGGCCUUCUAUCAGCCGUAUAGGGAAAUUUGUGGAGAAUCUUAAGAAUUUGAGCAAGAAGUCAGGGGUGGUAUCUAAUGCAGAGAAUGAGGAUUCUAAAGCAUUAAAUCCAUUAAGAAGCCUUGAGGAGGAAUAUUUGGAUCAUGAAACCAAGGAAUGCUUCAGACUUUGGUAUUGUGAGGCACCCAAUUCCUGUUGGGGAACUUUCGUUGUUAUUGACAUGCAUACAUUGAUUUUUGUUAUCUUGUUUCAGAUUAUUACCACCUUCAGUGUAGUUGGUAAUAUGAAAGCGCACUUUUAUUCAGAACAGACUAGAACUUCCAGACCCAAGGGUACGGUUAAGGAACUGUUUGAUGAUAUUGAAAAAUUAAGAGCACAAUUUGAAGCUGUUGAGAGACCAAUUCUAGAAAUAGAGACUCCAACUCCCCAAGCUGAAACUCCGUCUGAUUACACGCUGCAGAGUGCUCCAUCUGAUCUCUCAGCAGAUGGCUCAGUUGCACAGAAAGAUGAGACAGUGAAGCAUUCGGAGAAGGGUGCAGUCAAGGUAGAGCAAGUGCUCGACCCUGAAGAUGACCUAGCAAAGCUCGAAUCAGAGUUUGGCAAGGUUGGUCAAGACUACUCAACAGAGGAGGUGGGUGAGUGGGAAUUUGACGAGCUUGAGAGGGAACUAAUAUCUGGUGAUUCAUCAACUCAAAUAGACCUAUAAUUAUGCCGGAUAGGUGGCUGUCUAUUUAUGUUUCAAAAAGAUAUCCUCUGUAUAAAGUAUGAUCUAAUCUGUACCCAAAGGCGUUACAUACUUUUCCUUGUAGCUUCUUUGUAUCAACCUUUACUGAUUUGUUAAUUCUUCUUUUGAAUUCUCAAACCCGUAAUGUUGUAAUGUCAAAUAUUUGACAAAACGAGUGGAAUGGAAGGUGUUGGUGUUGGUGUUGGAUGAUGAUA